UGAGAACCGAAAAGAUGUAAAUUCUAGUCUGUGUCUGAGUUCUAACAAUGACGAAGAGAGAUUUCCUCGGUAUCUUCUCGAAGACGUUGAGAUCGCGAAGGCAGCGUCUCAGCUUGAUGCUCGCCUUUUUGAAUCAGUGACCCUGCGGGACGAUAUUUUGUGGAGUCGAGAGUUUGUUGAAGCACAAUGCUCAGGUGCGGACGCCGAGUCGUGUGAAUGGAUUACCGACUUCUACUGUCGCGACCCGAACCGCUUUUUUGAGGAGUUCCCUGAUAUCGUAGUUGCGAUGAGGCGUUUCUUGAUAGAAAAGUAUUUGAAGAAACCUCUAAGGACCUAUAGUGUGGUCACUUUCGUGAGAUUAGCGCUGGAAUCCCUAUCGACGACGAAUGAAGAUGGAAGUCGUCAGAUUUUAGAAGGUUCCAAAGAUGUCGUGCCAAGAGGUACUAGAGGCGAUGGCAGUCUUGUUGUUGUCGAAGAUAGAAGGCGUGAAACUCUUUUGUCGCUGGUGUCGGCGAAUGGUUGGGUCCUGCGACAUUGCGACUUCCGAUUGCAGGACCAUCUACAUGAUAAGGAGGUCGUUCUUGCCGCCGUUAAAUCUGCAGGACGUGCGCUCCAAUUUGCGUCCAAGGAGUUGCGGAACGACCGCGACGUGGUCUUGGCAGCCUGCUCUCAGGACGCACGUGCCUUCCAGCACGCGAGCGAGCUACUUUCUGGCGACCGUAGCUUCGUGCGAGAAGUAGUGCAAAUUUCCGGCUCUACUCUUCGGUACUGCUCCAGCGAGUUUCAGGCAGAUCGCGAGCUUCUAGAGUUAGCGGUGAAACAGGACCCAACACUUUUUGCUCACGUGCACGUCUCAGUAGACGAGGAGCUUAAGCGAGACCUUGCCAAGAUUGCGGUAUCAAGGGAUGCAAGCCUUCUGUCGAUUGUGACCAAUCCUACUCGCGACAUCGUCUUGGCCGCGUUCGCCAAUGGCAAUGCUCCGCUGAGCGCGCUGAAGCAUCUAUUUACCUACGCCGAUAAUGAGGACUUCGCAAUUUAAGGGUAGGCUCAAGGUGUUCCUGUUGCCGUUUGUUUUGCCUCUCGUCAUAAGGGACGAGAAAGGCAGCACAAACGGGAAACAUGAACACCAAAACCCUAGCUCUAAGCAAUGCUUGCUUUGCAGUUAGUUAAAGAAGCUGGCGCAAUGAAAAGUCCGGGGGCUUACAACAAUGUGCGACGUCUUAUCCUUGCUGAAAGAGAACGACAGGGAAAGCCGGAAGUGGACAUCGACGCCGACGUCGAUUUCCUUUUGCGUGCGGUGGAAGCAUCAGGAAGCGUCGUAGUAGAGCAUAUUUCGGGUUCUUGUACGCGCGAUCUGCGUCUGCUCGCAGACUAUCAGC